AAAGCAGAAGAACAUCAGUUUCAAAGUAAUGCUGACGGAACGGUUGCAAUUUCAUGGCUGCAUUGGUUAGCCAUGCAAUGCGACGAUUUCCAACAUCACCGCCAGACACCGUGUAUUCCUCCUACGGAUUAAGGGGUGAAGGUUCUCGCAAAUCGUGGUCUCCUGCCGAAGAAGGCGAGAGCGCCCUAUCCCGUUCGAUGCGCUACGCUGAUCCCUGGCUGUAUGGAAGCGUCCGAGGGCCAGGCGGCCUGGUCUUGGCGCCCGCCUUUGUCCUUUGCACGUGUCCCGACUAUCUCAACGGCACCAAAAGGGGCAGCAAAAAGGGCACGACGAUAUGCAAAAAAUGUAAAGGCACCAGGUUGCCGCUGUCACCGGUAGAGUCCAAAUUUGGAACGGUUCGAUGUUAUCCGACAUCGCAUUCUCCGGUCGUCAGCACACCGCUUAGAGCGGGUACGAUGCGCGUGAGUUCAUCCUCCCGACCAUCGAUAUUACCCACGGCUGACCCCUACGAUCUCAUGAGAAGAUCCCGUCUGUCGGUUACGGAGAGUUCAAGUCAAUUUCGCGCGCGCUCCAUCUCGCCAAACAAAGCCAGGAUUGGCGAUGGCCGCAGUCACAGUGCCACGAGGUCAAAGGCUUCCAAGGAUAUAUCUUAUAAUUCGACAUUUGGCCGGCGAUCUAUCCUAGAAUGUGAUAUUAACCCAUAUGAGUUAAUGUCAACCGAUAAUAAAGAGUCGAGCAUAACAUUUGUUAAUGGGCAAAGAAUACGUGUUAGGCCUUCAACUAACGAGGAAACGUACGAUGAUGUCCAGAUUAAAAGAUCGCCGUCAAAAUCAUCCAGUGGAAAAAACAAGAAACAAAUGCACAAAACUAAAAUUCCUGUAUCCACAUUAAAACAUAUUGAAAAGGAACCCGAAUUUAACAGCCGAUUUAAAUCUAUCCUAAAGAAACCCGCUCAAACCUUCAGUGAUACUGAUUCAACGGGUCCUGAAAGUUGUCCUUCUCCUGCCCCUAGAGGACAGUCUCAAUUCUACGUACAGAUGCCGUGUACUAGUCCAAGAAAAAAGGUACAAUUUUUGGUUGAAAAUGAAAAAAAUUCUCUUCAACCGCUUCCACAGCCAGAAAGUCCAGAAAUUGAGGAGAUCGAACUACCAGAGUACGAGGACGAUGUUUUUAUAGAAGAAAAGACUAAGGCAGCUUCAAUGUUAGUUGUAACAAAAAAACAAGAGGAAAAACCCACACCACCAAAAGUAUGCAAACUUAAAAGAAGUAUUAGUGACAGAAUUAUACAGGACCAUGCAAAAGUUGUUUUUCUUGAUACUAUGGCCUUAAGAACACGCAUACCUAGGACAGAUGCAAGGAUAACAUUUAACGAAAAAGAUCUAGAAAGAUUAGAUGGACUAUCUUCUAAAACCAGAAAGAUAAUUUCAUUUACUCCACGACCAAGUGAUCCUCCACCUCCUCCACCACAAACCACCGAUUUAGACGAAUAUGAAGACGUUUCUAUUAUAGAGUUUGUUAAGGAAGAACAACAUGAAAAAUGUGAUACCAAAAUUGUAAAUGAUGAUAAUUUUAAAACAACAAAUGAAACUCCUAUAAAUAAUUACGAGUCUAUGAAUUUUAGCAGUAUUAAAAACUCUAAUUUUAAAGAAAAGUAUCCGGAAGUAAAGUUUGAAAAAAAGGUCGACUCUGUAAAAAAUAUUCUAGAAGAUCUUUCUCCUCCUUCUGCACCACCAAGAAAGCGAAGUAAUAAUAAGCAACCACAAAUUAAUAUUGUUAGUUCACCCACAGUACAAACAUUAAAAGUCGAAUUACCAAUAACUUCCCCAAUAUCUUACAACGAUUACUAUAAUAAAACCGUUGUACAAAUAAACGCCACUCCGGCUGUUCAUAAGUUGCAAAUAAAAAACGAAUUUGAAGAUACAUGCAAUAAUAUUCAAACAGUAUCAGUUUUGGAUAAUGCCCAAAGAAAAACAUCUAUAUUAAUAAAUGGGGAUGAUUGUUAUUCUACGGUUAAUGUAAACGAUAAUGUGCCACUUUACCAAUCCUCAGUGGUUGUCAAAGAUAGCGGAAUCGAUGUUUUAAGCUCCCCAAGCAAAAAGAGCAGUUCGGUUUACAUUACCGGCAGUUUUGUUCCUAGCAGUCCCUUAACUAACGAAAUUAAAAUUGAACAGAAUAUUAAAGUUGUUGAAGACAUCAUUCGAGAAGUUUUAAGUAAGGAACAAAAUCUAAUGAAUAAAGAAAUAUCAAAUGAUUUAUUGGGUGAUGUAGUUAGUAAAAACGAUGACUUGGUGGAAAGCUUUAAUGAAAAUAAUAUACCAUCCUCGGAGUUACUAAAGGAAUUGUUAAGGGAUCCUGUAGAAGCAGUUCGUCGAAACUUAGUCCCUCACGUCUGUGGUAAAUCAGAUGUGUCUAGGAGACAACGUGACACGAAAUUUAAAAACCUUCCGCUAUACAAAAAAACUGAUUCACUUUUAGAGUCGCCUUUGGAGGAAUGUCCACUGGAAAACAUUGAAGAUUCCUUCCUAAGACUUAAAAAUUACGAGUCGAUAGCUGACGAUUUGUGUUCUGAGCAUAGUUCGUCAACGCAGUACGAACUUAUGGAUCCAGGUUCUGACUGCUAUACGGACCAUAGUAACCGAAGUUCCGUUACGGAAGAAGAGCUGGCGAACCGAACGAAAUUUUAUGAGCUACUGGCCGACGCGGCGCUUAUAGAAGUUUCCGAAAACGAAGAUCAUCAUUACGAAAGUAUUAAAGUUAACACGGAUCCUAUAUACGAAGAAAUCGAAAUUCCACCUCCACUGCCAACCAAUCCUCCUCCCACUAGUUUAAUUGAUGAUCUCCAGCUGGACAAGGAAUUUACAACAAGAUCCAUAUUCGAAGGUGCUUCAAAAUAUGAUAUUCUUAGCUAUUUGGUGGAUGCCAAAGAUCGUGUCCAAGAGGACAACUAUUCAUAUAGUUACAGUAGUAACGGAACAUCUCAUGAUGAUGAUACCAAAGAGCCUUAUAAUAGAGCAUCACAUAUGAGCACUGUUAGUGAUUCCAGUGAAGAUAACUCCCUUAUAAUGUCUGGUGCAAUAAUUGAUGAGAAAGCUACAUAUCAAAAACCUGCUGAGGUGGAAAGAAAUGAUUCUGGUGUUGGAUCAGAGACUAGCAAAAGUUCCUUAAGUAAAUAUAGAAUUAAGCAGGAACCAUCAAUUAUUUGUGAAGAUUGCGAUACAGUAAUAGAAUUAAAGGCAGAAAACGAUCCAUUAAUUUGUCGAAAAUGUAUUAAAAAACGAACCGAAAGGAAGGAAAUAAUAACUGAAAUCGUGGAAACCGAAGAAAAAUAUAGCAGAGACCUACAAAUAAUUCUAGAAGAAUUCUAUCAGCCCAUGCUUGUUGCAGGCUUACUGACGCCUGACCAAUUGUCCGCCAUAUUUCUUAAUGCCGAAGAACUUCUUGAAAAUAGUCAGGCUCUUGCUGAACGUCUUAGAGAUGCAGUCGAGAUUGCUCUAGAGCAGGGAGAUGACGACUUGCUAACUGUAAAUAUCGGAAAAUUGUUCCUAGAAGCAGCACCGAUGCUUCAUGCAUUUGAAACUUACUGCGUCCGUCAGGGUGCAGCCAGUUUAUUAUUAGCAAGUCUAGAAAAGGACAAAGAACUACUUAGAAUAUUUUUGAGAGUAUCCCAAAUGGAAAACACUCUACUAAGACGUAUGAAUCUAAACUCUUUUUUAAUGGUUCCCGUUCAAAGAGUCACAAAAUACCCACUUUUGUUAGCGCGUUUGUAUAAAGUAUCACCAGCCCACCAUGAAACUAAAGAACAGCUUAAAGAAGCUCAGCAUAAAAUCGAACUCCAUUUAAAUCACAUGAAUUCAGAAACUAAAGACGUUCCGAGCAAACUGUGGAGGAGAAUUGGCAGCAGCUCCGGAAGAAGAUCUAGCGCUGAAAUGGACUUGGUUAAUAUUAAAUUAAGAAAACUUGCAGUAGACGUUUUGGAAUGGAAUCAUGAGGAAGCCAAGUUUGCUUUGGAGGGCAAGUUAUUGUAUACCCAACCAACAGACAAUAACUGGAGAAAGGGAAGAACCAUCAAACUGUCGCCAGUAAAUGCACUUCUUGUGAUUAAUGGCAAGCCGUCUGCUAGAAACGAUCGCACAGAGGAAAAUGGAUUGAUAUUUUCAAGACAUUCUGGUAUUAGGGAUGCGGCACUUCUUCUAGUUAGAGAUAAAAAUGGACGAUAUUCCCUAUUAAGAGAACCAUUGUAUUUGGAUAGAUGUGUUAUUGCAGCAGAUCCUGCUUGGCAGAGUUACUUUGAGGUACAGGAACUACUGGGGAAGGAUACUUUCAUAUUUAAGGCCGAAGAUGAAGAUCAAACAAACACUUGGUACCGUCAACUUCAAUACCAUGCCCAAGGCAUGGGUGCUUGGAGAAAACGAAGAAAUGCCCUAGCCAAUAUAAUGAUCAACGGAAUGGGACUUCGUUCAUAGCAAAUAGCAAUUUUUAAAAUUUAAUUUAUUAUACAUUAAAUUAAAUCGUAAUUUAUGCG